AUGGCGACCAAGCGGCUCAUCAAAGAACUAGACGCGUACAACCGCGAACCCUCUGCGGCCCUCACCCAUCUCGCACCUGUCAGCGAUGACGAUGUAUUUCAACUGGCUGCUGUGCUACGAGGGCCCGAGGGAACUGCUUACGAAGGCGGCCAAUGGAACCUCCUAAUCACAGUCCCCUCCUCAUACCCCAACACCCCACCCGAAAUCCGCUUCCAAACGCCCAUCUGCCAUCCGAACGUGAAUUUCAAAACUGGAGAGAUUUGUUUGGAUCUGUUGAAGACGAGUUGGACGCCUGCGUAUGGCAUUGUGAGCACUUUGGAAGCUAUUGAGCAGUUGUUGAGUGCUGGGGCGGAACCGGAUAGUCCGUUGAACAUUGAUAUUGCGAGAUUGAUGAGGGAGGGGGAUCUGGUGGGAGUGGAGGCGCUGGUGAGGUUUUAUACAUAUUUGUAUGCUGUGCAGCGAUGA